AUGAGUCAUAUUAUGCUUCCAACUGGCGGUGUAUACGCCCAUUCAGCACAAUCCUCACAACACCAACAACCAGUUGCUAUCCCCGGCACACCCGGUAGUCUUUCGUCGCUCACAUAUAACACUAACGGUGUUGUAUUGGAUGACGGAAUAAAUAGUAUAGAAGAAGAAAACAUACAAUCACCAUCACCGCAGAAUGUGGCCGGUAUUAUACCAACUCUACAAAAUAUUGUCGCUACGGUCAAUCUUGAAUGUAAACUAGACCUGAAAACCAUAGCUCUCCACGCAAGAAAUGCAGAAUAUAAUCCUAAGCGAUUCGCUGCUGUAAUCAUGCGUAUCCGUGAUCCAAAGACUACGGCGUUGAUCUUUGCUUCUGGCAAGAUGGUCGUCACCGGUGCAAAGUCCGAAGAUGAUUCGAAACUUGCUAGCCGGAAGUACGCGCGUAUUAUUCAGAAACUCGGAUUCAGCGCAAAGUUUGCUGACUUUAAGAUUCAAAAUAUUGUCGGUUCUUGCGAUGUGAAGUUCCCUAUUCGGUUGGAAGGAUUAGCUUACUCGCAUGGUCAUUUCAGUAGUUAUGAACCUGAAUUGUUCCCUGGCUUGAUUUACCGUAUGGUGAAACCAAAGAUCGUGUUGUUGAUUUUUGUGUCUGGCAAGAUUGUGCUGACUGGUGCAAAGGUCCGCGAGGAAAUUUAUCAAGCUUUUGAGGCGAUUUACCCCGUGUUGACUGAAUUUCGCAAACCUUGA